AUGCUGCAAUCGCGUUAAAUGUCGAUACCACAAAUUCCAAUACAAUAUUUUGUACCCAACUUUUUUAUCUGAAAUAUAUCAAAAAAGUACAACAAUUUUCAUAUAAGCUUGUAGUAUAUGAGUAGUUAGUGUAGUUCGACCAAAAGUGAUGUUUAGUGAACAUAUUCAGCGUUUUUUUGAGUGCUGUACGUAAACAUUGACGUUUCGAUCAUUUGGAUUUAACAACAGGAGAGAUAAAACGAGGGAACCAGAUAGGGUGAUGACUGAACAGGAUGUGGACGAUGUCGCAUUUCUUACAGGUACAAACCAUAGAGUCACAGCUCCCAUCAGUCACUCCAUAUGCCAGUCUUCACCACUCAUUCAUAAUCGUGACUCAGGUGGUGUUGUAGGCAAUGAGAGCAACUCCAACCAAGCGAAAAAGAGCCUAUACGAAAAUCAUGGUGUCGCAGCUUGUUCACACAACAAGGCACUUUGCAUUGCCACAAUCGUGUUUGCGUUCCUGUUUACUCUUGCUGUUAUUAUUGCCUUUACUGGACCUCAGUCUGACUGUCCCUGCGCAGGCGAUAUUAAAUCAAGUUAUGUGGACGAAAAAACCAACAUGACAAAAACGUUUGAACCUAGAGCUACAAAUGGUCAGAUCUUCCCUUGGAACAAUAUACGGCUUCCUACCUCCCUGAAACCACAUCGCUAUAAUUUAACCAUUCAUCCAAACUUGACUACCCUUGAAGUUAGAAGUCAGGUCUCUAUCGAAUUUCAAGCAGAAAAAGAUACUAAUUUCAUGGUACUUCACUGUAAAAAUCUUACUAUCCUAGAUAAAAUUAUUCAAGAUCGUCAUGGUAACAAUUUAACAAUUAUCAAAAUGUUGGAAUAUAUAGGAGGACAGCAGUUGUACAUAGAAAUCCGAGAAAAAUUUAGAAAGAGACAUAAUUACGUUUUGAGGAUCCGAUACAAUUUUAAACUGAAUACAGAUUCUGAGGGUUUUUAUAUUUCCAGUUAUACUACUAAAGAUGGAGAGAAGAGAUAUUUGGCAACUACACAUUUUGAACCAACCUUUGCUAGAACUGCCUUCCCAUGUUUUGACGAACCCCAGUUAAAAGCUAAGUUUAGACUAACCGUAUUUAGAGAUAGAUUUCAUAUAAGUCUUUUUAAUACUCCAAUUGUUAAAACAGAUGUCUUAGGAUUUUAUAUGGGAACGGGGCUGCUGUACGAUGAAUUUCUAGAAACUAAUGAAAUAAGUACAUAUUUAGUAGCAUUUGUGAUAUGCGACUUCAGUCAACAAAAUAAGCAAACAGAAAGUGGCGUAUCUGUUUCGAUUUACACUCCCGAGCCUUUCAUAUCUCGUGCGCCAUUUACUCUAGAUACAGCAUCUUUUUUCCUUGAUUAUUAUGAAAAUUUUUUUGGAAUUGCUUUUCCUCUUCCAAAAUUAGACAUAGUUGCUCUUCCAGAAUUCGAUUAUGGCGCAAUGGAAAAUUGGGGACUUAUAACUUAUAGAGAGACUGCUAUUUUUUCUAAUACAAGGGAUAAUGAAACCUUUAUAACUGCUCAUCAAUGGUUAAUCACUAACAUUGCACAUCAACUAGCACACCAAUGGUUUGGUAAUUUAGUUACUAUGAAAUGGUGGAAUGAUUAUUGGUUGAGUGAAGGCUUUACAACUUUAUUUGAAUACCAAGGAGUUGAUAAGUACAUACCCGAGUGGAGAAUGAUGGAACAAUUUAUUAUAGAUAAAACUCAACCUGCCCUAGCAUUAGAUGCACUAGCAUGUAGUCAUCCUGUUACCGCAAAUGUGACCGAUCCGUCUGAAAUAGAUGCUAUUUUUGAUACUAUUUCUCUUAGUAAAGGUACUGCAAUUUUGUAUAUGCUGGCAAAUUUUUUACAAAAUGAAAACUUAGAAAAUGGCCUUAAUGACUACCUAAGUACAUAUAAAUACCAAAAUGCUGAAAUGAAGGACCUUUGGAAUGUCUUAGGGAAAAACACCAAUCAAUCGCUGGACAUAAAUACUAUAAUGGAUACAUGGACAAAUCAGAUGGGAUUUCCAUUGGUGAUUAUCAAGCGUGAAAACCAUACAAUCAUAGCUUCUCAGAGGAGGUUUUUGGUUACAGUUGAACGAGGAAACACAACUUACCAUACACUGCCGAUUUCUGGUUACAAUUAUAAAUGGCAUAUCCCUUUAACUUAUUACACUGAUAAUAACAGUGAAAUAAAACAUGUUUUGAUGAAUAUGACUGAAGCAAAAUUUGAAGUAGAUGAUAUAAAAUGGAUAAAAGCCAAUGUCAACCAAACAGGUUUUUAUAGAGUUACGUACGAUGAUGACAUAUGGGCAGCCUUGAUAUCAACGUUAAAAACAGACCACAAAGCUUUUUCUGCCGCUGAUAGAGCUAGUUUGAUAGAUGAUGCUUUUUCACUGUCCAGGGCCGGUGUGUUAAAUGUAAGUGUAGCAUUAGAAUUGUCCCUUUAUUUGAAAAAUGAAAGAGAGUAUGCUCCAUGGGCUACUGCUAUUGAACAUUUGAAGUCAUGGGCAAGGAGACUGUCAGAAUCGUUGGCGUACAAAGCGUUUUUGAAGUAUAUGAGGACAUUAUUGACCCCUGUUACAAAAUUUAUAGGAUGGAAUAAAAAUAAAUCUCAUAUGGAAAAACUUUUAAGAGCACGAGUUCUCUCAGCUGCCAUACUCUGUGAACUUAAUGAAACCAUAUCUGUUGCAAAAACUCAAUUCCAAAACUGGAUGAUUCAAAAUAAAUCAAUUGAUCCAAAUUUGAAGGAAAUUAUAUACUCAGCCGGUGUCAAAUAUGGUGGUAUGAAUGAAUGGCAGUAUUGCUGGAAUUACUACAAAAACUCUACCUCGGCAAAUGAAAAACAAAUAUUAUUAAAGGCUUUAGGGGUAGCGUUGGAUCCUUGGCUACUACAGAGAUAUUUAAUAGAAACACUGGACACCAGUGUGGUGAAACCAGAAGAUGUAAAACUUGUGUUGGAAGUAGUUGCAGCGAAUCCAGAGGGUCGUUUACUUGCAUGGAGACAUCUAAAAGCAUACUGGCCCACCAUGCAUUCUCUUUAUGGAAAUAGUACAAUAUUAAUGGGAAAUCUCAUAUCAGCUGUUACAGCACAUUUGUCUACCCCAUAUGAUUUAUACGAGGUAUCUACAUAUUUUAAUGGGAUGGACGUCGGAUCAGCUUCAAGAGCAUUAGAACAGAGUUUGGAAAUAAUUCAGUUAAAUAUUAACUGGGUAUCCCAAAACGCAGAGGAAGUGAAUAACUGGCUUCGUAAAAACAUGAAAUAGAAUAGUAAAUGUUAAAACAAAUUCAGAACAUUUUGCACUAUUCUGCAUGUGUUUCUCUAUUUAUUGGAUUUACUAGUAAAGCUGAGACUCCACUGAGUAAAGACUUUGGCACCAUAUUCGUUAUGUAGUUUUAUGUUCGUCUAGUACUAAUGCAAGUUCCUUUAACUCAGCUACAAUCAGUAUGAUAUACUCUGUGAUAAAUUUCCUAUUUUUACAUAUCCACAAUAAUCUCACAAAAUAACUGUUUCUUGUGUUUGACGAAGUAUAUAUACCAUGCAUUGAUAAAAAUAAUGAGAAUAAUAAUAACAUACACAUUUUGAAAUAAUCAUUAACAACAACGAUAGUUUAGUAUAAAUAUGGAACUAACAAUGAAACUUAAAAAUAAAUAUAUUUCUAUUUCUUCAUUUUUAUUCGAGGUAAGUAUAUACAUAUUAUAUUACAUUAACUUUAAAUAGUAGUAGAUAAAAUUUUUCCUAUUUAUUGCUAUUUUUUAAAGAUGAUGUUAGUGCAGUAUAAAUGUUUUAUACAUAAAAUCAGAAAUGACCAAAAUUCACAAUCAAAAUGUAUGAAAAUCGAUAUUUUGCUAUUAAAACUCAAACGAUGGUACAGAAUAUUAAUAAAUAUUCUGUACCAUCUGUAUUUUAUUCCAGUCCUAUCAACUUCGAUCAAAACUGGAACAGUUAUUGUUCCUGAUACACUUUCUAAUACAAUAGAUUGUUAAAUAAAAUUUAACCUUGUAAUAUGUUGAUAUUGGUAAACUUGUUAUCGUUAUGUACAAAUAGUUUUAACGUGGCUUUCUUUUAUUAUUGUACGUGUAUGUGUAUUAAGUUUACUCCUGCUGUACAUACUAGCCUGUUUUAUUCCAUGGUGUGUUUGUCUACAACUUAUCUAAAUAUUCUCUCUUAUAAUCUUAGCCAAAGUCUUCGACUAGUCUACACAUUUUUUAUAGAAUCAAACUUGGAACAAAAAAUAUAUGGGAGGUGAAGGUUUCACUAAAAAAUUUUUUCAAUGUAAAAGUUUAUUGAAUCUUGGGAUUAAACAUAAGGUUCGUUCCAACCCAUCAAUGAACCAUCCUUGGUACGGUGACGAUUCUGCGAAAUAGAGAUUACGCGUUCCAACAGGGCAGUCACCGUUAUAGGGACGAUUCAGUUUUGUGUUCCAACCGUCUUAGGUAUCGUUUGUGAACCGUUUCCGAGACGGUCCCUUCGAUACUUGACUGAUAGCAAGUUUCCUCUCCUACUUUCAGGAUACUGAAUCUACACAAUAAUUACGAAAAAGUCAGAAGUAUCUAUAUUUAGAUACUCAAUUAAUCCCAAGCUGUUCCAUACAGUUGACCUGUAUGCUAACAAUAAGAAAUGACAUGAGAUUACCAUUACCAUUACCACUUCUCCACAGAAAAUUAUCAAUAUUUUAAGGUUUUAAAAAUAUUCAACACUGUAUAGUAAUCAUAUAAUAGUUUUUGUCAGUUUCCAAAAAAGCUAAUUACUUUUACAGGUGUAAAAAUAAAAACAGAAGUUAGGGACUCGUCACAACAAACUAUUCUCGAUCAAUAAAAUUUCUUUAUAAGUUAUUUUAUACCCAGAGUGAUUUUUCUUACAAAAUAAAAACAUGAACGAAUUUGUUCGCUAACAAAUAAAAAUUUGUAUUCCUAUAUUUCACUGUAGUAACGUAAUCAGUAAAAUAUAUAGCUAAAAAAGAUAACUAGGAUGGAAAAAAAUAUCAAAGUUGUCGGAAUAUUCUUAAAUAUGUAGAAAAUUUCGUCUCAAAAUGUAUCUAGUUGUAUAGAUGUUAGUUUGCGAUAUUCUAACAUAGGCUGCAAUUACUAAAUAACCUAUUCAUUCUUAAACCUCCAUUAUAUAUAUUAGAUAUUGGUUCUUUUUUUGUCGAACCGGUACAGAAAAAUUAUGUAUGAAAAUAUAUUUUUCUUCUACCUGGUAAGUCACUAUGACCACCAGAAAUAGGCUUGGGGAUGACUUUUCUUGUUAAAAUCAUAUUUGAGUCCAUUUGAUUUCUAAGCAUCAACAAUUUUGAUGAUAAAAUUUUUUCAUUUAUCUAUAAUUUCGCAAGAAGAAUUUUCAGCAUCAAUAGUAAACUCUCCCUUCCUCUCUCCCAGUCCAGGUAUUCCCCAAGGAUUAUUAUUAAGUUCUACUCUAUGUCUCCUUUCCUGUAAAAUGCAGUACACCUGCUACAUUACUAUUUCCAUCCUCAAAUAUAUCUAAAAUUUUAAAUUAUUUUAGAAAGACUUUUACCGGAAAUUUUUGAUAAAAACUUUCCUCUACCUGUUGUAAAUCAGAGUAAAAUCCUCGAUAUGACAUUCAGCUCUCAAUUCAAUUGGAAACGUCAUAUUCAUAAACACAAAAGCAACUGCCUAUUAAGAGAUGACAGAGCUGUCAACCGUUCUAUUCUUGCCUAUUUGCUAUGUCUUCAUGUCUUUUUUCAAAUUUAAUACUGAUUCAUUACAAUCUGAUCAUAAUGCCUCUGUCUUGGCGCCUUCCGCUAUAUCCCCGUGCCAUCCUCUAACCAAUCUUUCUAUGGCCUUUCCACUUACUCUACCUUCCUUUUCUCGGACCAAAAUAAUUCCUUUAAUCGAUACAUCACUCACCAUUUCCAAUAAACACCGGAUGCGUAUUCAAUUUUAAUAAUUAUAGUAUUCUUCCAUUUAACAUCACCGUGAAGUGUUCGCUUGCACACAUUACAACUUCCUCCAAGCUUCCAGAUAUAUCUCCCACCCCCACAAGCAUAUGUACUGAUUUAUUCAAUUAAAAGCAUUUUCACCUACCACCAGAUAGUUCAAAACGUGCAAAAACAUUUACCAAACUAUUUAUGAUCGUAAUGUACCAGUUUCUUUCAUUUGGCUUCCAUCUCACUCUAAAAUCAAUAGAAAAGAAACUGCAGAUAUCUCCAUCUCAAACAAUACUCCAGAAAGCACAGUCCAAUUUGCAAAUGAUCUCAAGCGCAACUUUAUCUAUUCAUCUACUUCUUGAACCUUAUAAAGACAAAAAAUCUACGAUAAUUAGAAGACGUCAAAUUAGCCACACCAAACAUAAACACGGUUAUCGAAUGUCUUCAAGCAGACAAUACUCCAUCACAUUUGAACAAUUUCAUCUAAAGCCUAACAUUACACCUAACUGUCCCACGGGGGUCAAGAAAGCUUUAGUAUGCCUCAAAGCUACUACAACAUAUAAUUAUGUUUUGUGAUAAUUUCUAUUGGUUCAAAUAAACUUUUUUUGUCACUAAGCCUGUAGAGGUAUGUUGCAUUGAAAUUUUGAAAAAUAACUACCAUUUAUUGCUGCAUUCCUAGCAUUUACUUGUAAAUCCAAUGUCUCUAUGUAUUAGAUUAAAUGUUUUUAUGAAUUUUAAAAAAAUUUCUAGGCGUAAAUUAUAUCGUCCUAUUUUUAUACAAUCAACUUGGAAAAUUUGUGUGAAACUAAAAUAUUUUCCGUAAAUACAUAACUACAAACUAA